AUGGCGCAAGCGGCGAGGUCACCGGCGUCGGCGUGGCACCCACCGAACCCUAGCCUAGCCGGCACCUCCCGGCCGGCGCCGGCCGCUCGCCUCCCCGACACGCCGCGGAGGGCCGCGCAGGACACACCACCUUGUGCAACAUGUGGUGAUGGUUCAGGAAAUUUUACCCGUUGUCAGUGCAAGCAGUACACAAGAGCCAAGGGAAUUCUAAGACCAGACUCUUCUGAUAAGCUGAAGACUCCUAGAUAUUCUGGUGGUACAUAUUCAAAACCCGAUCCACGAGUGAAGCUGAUUCCUGCAGAAGCCAUCACUUAUGUACAACAUCGGAAACCAUAUGGUAGAACUGUUGGCUCAGCUGGGUCACAAAAAAGACAAUGCAGACAAAGUUUAACACCACCGCCAAGUUCACGUAAAGUAUCUCUUGUGGGAUCGACGCCACUCACUCAAAAGCCUAUGCCAUCUGGUUCAUCCAAGAACUCGUGUUUAUUGUCUCCUAAAAGACUUGGGCGAACUGAAAAUGGACACCCAUCUGCUGGGAAGAAGCCUGCAUCACCAGAUCGCAAAUCUUCACAACCUUCAAGUGCUAAUUUGAAUACUGAUGCUACUCCUAGAAAUAUUGACAGCAUGGACAGUACAAAGGCACUUGCCGGGAGUUAUGAUUCGAGUAUUUUUCAUUCUCAAGACCAGAGUAGUCGAAAACUGCUUGCUAGUUUACCAAAAGAGGCAGUGGUAAAUCCUGUGUCUCCUAGCCCCAAGCAAGUGCAUGUUCCACAUCCAAGGAUCCUCUCGGUACAAAGGCAGGACCUUCUUCUAAGAGUUCAAAUACUAAUAUUAGGAUUACAUGUUUCAUUUAGGGGCAAAUUUCAUGUGACUGGAGAGUUGACACAUACUUGUGAUGGACUUGAAGCCCAUUGCCCAGCUGUGAUGGACUGCAGAGCUUAUGAAGCUUCAAAGCAAAUGCCUGAAAUUUUAAAUUUAGAGGCUGUACCUCUUUCCCAGCUGUGGCCAAAAAAGUUCAAGAUGAAACCCCCGGAUGAUCAGGAUAUUAGACUAUGGUUUAUAAGCAGUCACCAAAGGCCACAUAGGAGUUUUAAUCAUCUUGUUGACAAACUUUCUUCACAUAUUGGCCUGUUGACCAGCAUUGGUGAUGCUGAAUUGGCGAUAUUUUCAUCCAAGUUGCUUGCACCAGACUAUCAGAGGAAGAACGAUGAAUUGUAUUUUUGGGGCGGGAAACAUCUGAGGAAGAAGUGGCGUAAACCCAACAAUCAUAUACAAAAUGUGAACAGAAAUUCCAGUCCACCAAAUGAAAUUUCUUGUGACAGAUCUGAUGAGAUAGGCAUGAAAUUGGAUGCAAUAAAAGGCAAGGAGAGAGAGAUUGCCAUGUCUGAUAUUGGUGUGACAUUAGAUGCACGAGAAGGUGAAGAAAUAGACAAUACAAUGCAUGUCGCAAAAGACAGUGCUAUAGUGAGGGACAAUUAUGAGGGGAUUGCAGAGGCAUUGGAUUUAACAGGAGGCAAGGAGACUGAUAGGGACAAUGACUGUGUGGCAGUGCUCCGAACUCCUGAUUCAAACCCUGCAUCCAGUUGCACAGCUCCUGAUUCUGCAUGUCAACCUGCUGACAGAUCUUCGGCUAGCUCAGAGCUUAUGCUGGACAUUCCCCCUGGGUUUUCUCUAGAUGUGUCUCCUGGCUUCACAAAAGCUCAUCACCGUCAGCUUCAGAUCAAAGAUACUCCAGUGUCUUAUGCCGAUGCUUUUACCGGUCUAGUUUUGGACUGUCCUCCAGGAUUUCAGAUUGAUAUUCCUCCUGGCUUUACUGAAGUUCACCGCCAGCUCCCUGCAAUUUCUUCUGCUGGGCCAGAAGCUGGUGUUUCUAUCCAUGGCAUUGAAACGAAGCCUCUCAUUAGGUUCUCUCUAAAUGUUCCAAGGUUUGUUAAAAUGGAAGUUCCUCCUGGAUUUACUGUGCAUGCGGUGAAAAAAGAGCCUUGGUUGCCUGUUGAUAAGACCACAGAGAAGCAAACUCCAUCUCGUUUGACAUCUGGUGCAUCUCCACUGGCAAAAGGUGCAACAGCCGAUGAGAUGAAAAUCACGCGUGAUGAGGUAGAAAUGGAACAAGAUGAAAUUUCAAAGGAGCGAGAAUUUCCAAAGAUCAGGCGGCUUUCAGACCUGUAUCGCGGGCCUUCGGACGACAGCACUGAAGUUUGUGGACCAGUAUGGGCACACUUGGCUGACAAGUUUCAUGAUACAGGCGCACAUGAGAAGCAGACGCAUCCAAGAAAGAGAGGCCGGCAAGGAUCACCGGAGCGUUCUGCUGUAGACGGUGGCAGAGCGUGGGGACAGAUCAAGUGGGGACCAAUUCCAAACUAA